AAAACAAAAGCAGAAUCAUUGGUAAGAGAAGAAAGAUUGAGGUGGUCAUGGGUUGGUUAUUCUUCCUCCAUUUCUUUCUUCUUUCUCUGAUGGCAAGGGCUCCAUGCACCGAUGCAUGGGGCAAGGAGGGACAUUACAUGGUGUGCAAGAUUGCGGAGCAAUAUCUCACGAAGAGAGCUUCCAAUGCAGUGUUGGAUCUCCUUCCACCGGCGGCAGAAGGGGAGUUGGCAUCGGUGUGUUCAUGGGCUGACCAGGUCCGAUUCCGGUACCGUUGGGCUAGCCCACUCCAUUAUGCCAACACCCCGGGAGUUUGCAACUUCAAGUAUUCAAGGGAUUGUCACAAUUCCAGAGACGAGCUAGAUAUGUGUGUAGUUGGAGCAAUCAACAAUUAUACUACGCAGCUAUUAAAUUAUAAAGAUUCAUCAAAUGGAUAUAACUUGACUGAGAGCAUAAUGUUCCUGGCGCACUUUAUGGGAGAUGUACACCAACCUUUGCAUGUAGCAUUCGAGGCUGACGAAGGUGGUAAUACUAUAGACGUCCGUUGGUAUCGGAGGAAGUCCAACCUUCACCAUGUGUGGGAUGUGAAUAUGAUAGAGACCGCCAUGCGUGACUUCUACGAGAGGGAUGUUAAUGUCAUGAUAGAAUCCAUUGAGAAGAACAUCACUGAUGGAUGGUCAGAUGAAGUUAGCCAGUGGAAGGCCUGUAAUGGAGAUUCAGUCACUUGUGCAGACAAGUAUGCCUCGGAAAGCAUAAAACUUGCCUGUGAUUAUGCAUACAAGGAUGUCGAUGAAGGUUCCACUUUAGAAGAUGAUUAUUUCUUUUCUCGGCUUCCUGUGGUGGAAAAGAGAAUAGCACAAGGUGGUGUGAGAUUAGCUGCAUUGCUCAACCGAAUUUUCAGCAAAAAAGUUGGAGGAAACCUGAAAUUUGUGGAAUGAAUCGCAAAGUCAAAAAGAUAGACCUAAUUAAGUUUCUAUUUCAAUAAACACUGAUGUACAAAUGAAUGACUGUUCUUUAAAUUCUGUUCCGAAGAAGUUACUGUUUCAAUACUUGCUUGAAUCAAAUAUAAUGUCCAUUGAUUCUUUGAAGCUAUCAA